AUGAAAGUUUUUAAAGCAUUUAGUAGAGACAAGUUUCUCCGUGUGCAGCUAAUAUGCUUAUCACUGAUUGGCAUUGAAGAAAAGAUUACCCUUUCGAAUCGAAUUCGAUUCAACAUCUGCUUUAUUUCUAUGUUGAUAAUGGACCUAGCAACCGUACUUUUUGCACUAAAAAAUAUUAGUGAUAUUGCUCUAGUGUGCGAUAGUCUAGCACCUCUUUUUACUGCCUAUUUAGGCAUAGUUAAGCAAUUAUGUCUCGUUACACACAAACGAGAGCUAUGGCAAAUCAUAAAACAUUUAAAGAAUUUUAGAGACCAUGCUACAACAAAUGAACUUGAAGCCCUCGAAAAGAGUAGUAAACUCGAUCAACAUUUGGCUACAGCUUUUCUGACAUCUGCGUUAACUACCGGAUCGCUAUUUGUCGUUGCUGCCAUAGGAAGAGGAUUGUAUAAUUUGAUAUUCAAUAAUGUUUCUUAUUGGCCACUUCCACUUCCGCUCAGUUUUCCUUUCGACACAAGCCACCCGAUUGUAUUUGUUUUCCUGUUUAUAUGGUCCAGUGUUGCGAUUUGCAUGGUUGCCUUCGCUAGUGUGUCGAGUGAUGCUGCAUUUGCAGGGAUUGCUUCAAAUCUGGCAGUUCAUUUUGAGUGUAUAAAACUUCGUUUUGCGGAUCGAAAAUUUUUCAACGGGGAUGAGUCAUUAAAAAAUUUGAUCGCAUACCAUGAUUCAAUAUUAUGUUUAUCCCAAAAGCUAAUGAUUUCAUUUAGAAUAAUAAUUUUUCAGAAUCUGUUGGUUGCUUCUGUGCUGCUGUGUGCAUUAGGUUUUCAAUUGGUUAUGUUUCUAGGCUCUUCAGUUAUGUUAAUAUAUCUCGUAUAUGCCACAGCUAUUGUUAUUCAAGUUACCUUUUUUGCAUAUUAUGGAUCGUUGUUAUUUUACGAGAGUACUUCGGUAGCCGACGCUAUUUACUGCAGUAACUGGUAUGAAGCUUCACCUAAAACAAGGCAGAUUUUGUUGCAAUGCAUCAUGCGAGCACAGAUCCCGGUGAACACAAGGGCCGGUUUUAUGGUCGCUUCACUGCCAACAAUGAGAGCAAUACUGAAUUCAGCUGGAUCAUAUGUUGCUUUACUUUUGUCAUUCACAUGA